UUCUACAAUUUUCCAUUCAAAAGAUUAUCAACAAUUUUGUUUAUUUAUUUUUUUAUGUCAUUUAAUCUCUCGAUUCAACAGUUCAAUUCAACGUUGACAAGAUUCUUUUCACUGGAAUUGGUCAUUUGAAUGGCCCAGUUACUGUCUCCAGUGUACACAGAACCUCUCAAACUUCACAAUCCAUCAACGAAUUUAUGCUCAUGGAGGAUGAUGAUGCCAAAGACUGCAACUUCUUCGAACUUUGUAACACACAUUAAUGGCAAACGAAGAGGGUGUGGAAGGGUGAGAGUUGCUGCUGAAGAAUCAUUUUCAACGAGUGAAACUGUUGCAGAUGACUACUAUGCAGUUUUGGGUCUGCUUCCAGAUGCUACUCCAGCACAGAUCAAGAAGGCCUACUACAAUUGCAUGAAAGCUUGCCACCCGGACUUGAGUGGCAAUGAUCCUGAGACAACCAAUUUCUGCACCUUCAUCAAUGAAGUCUAUGGGGUGCUCAGUGAUCCCAUUCAGCGCAUGAUUUAUGAUGAAAUUCAUGGGUAUUCUUUAACUUCAAUCAACCCUUUUCUGGAUGAUUCUAGCCCAAAGGAUCAUGUUUUUGUUGAUGAAUUCAGCUGCAUAGGCUGCAAAAAUUGUGCCAAUGUAGCCUGUGAUGUGUUUGGAAUAGAGGAAGAAUUUGGAAGAGCCAGAGUGUACAGCCAAUGCGGGAACCCUGAAUUAGUUCAACAGGCUAUUGAUAGUUGCCCUGUUGACUGCAUUCAUUGGACAUCAGCUGCACAACUAUCAUUGCUUGAAGACGAAAUGCGUCGUGUAGAAAGAGUCAAUGUUGCCAUAAUGCUUUCCGGAAUGGGAGCAGCAUCAACUGAUGUUUUCAGAAUGGCAAGUUCCCGAUGGGAAAAGAGACAGGCAAAAGUCUUGGAACAAGCAAAAUUGAGAAUGAUGAAGGAGAAAGGUUCUGAUAAUGCAGAUAUGUUCUGGAACAAUCUUUGGGGCAAACAAAGAGACUUCCAAAGUUCAGAGGAGGAAGUCAAAGAAAGAGCAAAAAGGGCUGCUGCUGCUGCUAGAAGAUGGAGGGAAUACUCAAGAAGGGGUGUUGAUAAGCCUCCCACAUUUAAACUUCCAGAGGCAGCCUCCAACAAGGACAAAUGACCAAUAUUUUCCCAUAGUCCUUCCUUCCUAUACUAUAAGUCUAUAACAACCAAUCUCAUGUAAUUAGUUCAUCCAUAGCCUCUCAAUGAAUCUCACUAGUUUAUUUCACA